GAAUAUAUUAUUGUUUUUGUUUGUCUUUCAAGAUUCUCUUGCAUGGUUUUACCAACUUUGAUUUGCUGAUGAAUUGUAUAUUUUUUGAUGGUAUCUUUCGAUUUUCUUGAGGCUUGUCAAGACAAGAGAGUGGGAUAUGUUAGUACCAUGUUCAAGAAAUUAAUGUUUUUUGUUGAAUUAGAGGCUUAGCUAGACUGAUUGUUUAUGUUCUUUCUGUUUUAAAUUUAAGCUAAAUUUCAACAUCUAUUCAACAUAUGUGACAAAUUGUAUGAUAAUUGUGCUGAAAUAUGUCUGUUGUGAAUGGUAGAUAAAUUAAGUUUGGGUAUGGAGAAGGAAAAAGAAGAUGCAUACUCACCUACUGGAGUGCUAGAGGACUACUUGAAUAGCUUAGAAUCCGAUAGUGUGUCUACGAAAGACGGCACUUGUGUUGAGGACCAACAGUUGUCGAAACCUCCUUCUAGGUGGGCUGGUUUUGUGCAGUUACUGAAAUCCAAGUCAAGAAGGCAUUUAGGCACCUUGCAUCCUCUUAAUCUUUCUAAAAGAUUUAGCAGCAGCAUGAGAGAAAUAGCCAGUCCUCACGCGGAUUCUGAUUUGAAUUAUUUUAAGCCUCAUUGGAAGAAUUUCACCCUUUUGCAACUCCAAUCUGCUACCAACAAUUUUUCCCAUGAAAAUCUUAUUGGAAAGGGAGGCUAUGCUGAGGUUUAUAAAGGAUGCUUGCGAAAUGGCCAGCCUGUUGCAGUUAAAAAACUGGUGAAAGGGUCGCCUGAGGAGAGGAUAGGGGACUUCCUAGCAGAGCUUGGAAUCAUGGCUCAUGUUAACCAUCCUAAUACCGCCAAGUUGAUUGGUUACGGGGUUGAGGGAGGCAUGUACCUUGUUCUAGAGCUUUCUGCUCAUGGUAGUUUGGCAUCACUACUUCAUGCUUCAAAUACAAAACUGGAAUGGAGUAUCAGAUAUAAGGUUGCUACGGGAACAGCCGAAGGCCUUGUAUAUCUUCAUGAAGGUGGUCAAAGAAGAAUUAUUCACAGAGAUAUAAAGGCUGCAAAUAUAUUACUUACAAACGACUUUGAGCCUCAGAUUUGUGACUUUGGGCUUGCAAAAUGGCUCCCGGAGCACUGGACUCACCACACCGUGUCAUCAUUUGAAGGCACAUUUGGCUAUCUUGCUCCAGAGUUCUUGAUGCAUGGCAUAGUAGAUGAGAAAACUGAUGUGUUCGCCUUUGGAGUGCUGCUAUUGGAACUUAUAAGUGGACGUCGAGCUCUGGAUUACUCACAACAAAGCCUUGUAAUGUGGGCGAAGCCUUUGCUCAAGAAAAAUAACAUCAGAGAGCUUGUCGAUCCUUUACUCCUCGAUGACUACAACUCCCUACAGAUGAACCUUAUGGUUUUAUCUGCUUUUCUCUGUGUGCAACAGUCAUCUAUCCGACGACCUCGAAUGAAUCAGGUUCUACAGAUUUUAAAAGGUGAUCACAGGAGCUUGGAGAUGGUGAAAAGAUGUAGAAAGGCAUCUUAUUGGAGGAGGUAUUACGAGGAGCUUUUUGAUGCAGAGGAUCAUCAUUUGAACAGAGUCUAGGACUCGUAUAUUCCUAGUAAGCCGAAACAGACGCCUUACAAAAAAAUGGCUAGUGUAAAAUAUAGUUUUAGACCACUUAGCAAAUAUUUAUAUCUCUUAGUUUAGUCCCCUGAUAGCAGUCUAAAUCAGUGGACCGUAUUUGUGCUCCCUGCAGAUUAUGCUAAUCAAGUCGGAAACUAAAAAGAAAUAAUUUAUUUUUGUUUCUGGUAGAGUCAAUGCUAUCUUCAAUAUGUAAAUAUUUCACUACUAGAUCAGAUUCUGUUUAGUUAAGUAUGCACACUAUCAGUCACUCGAUGAGAAUGAUCCUGAUUUUCUUUUAUGUAACCAGUCAGAGUAAAUUUGUGAUUCA